AUGAAUGAGAGAAAUCACGACUGGGAUGCCAUGGUCGAGCAUCAAGAUGGAGAUCUCGGGGCCAUGGAGAAAACCCAAUUAGAACGGCUUUCUAGCGACUACUUGAAGCCGAAUAUCGGGUUGAUAUAUCUUUUGACAGCAAACUUGUUCAACAGUGCAAUGGUUGUUUCGACCAAGCUGUUGGAAACAGAUCCUAGCCUGGAAAAGCCGAUAACACCAUUGCAGAUCCUGGCAGUGCGAAUGAUUAUCACAUAUGGGGGAACACUUAUCUACAUGUAUAUGAACAGAUCGAAAAUAGAACAUGUGCCGUGGGGACCGCCAGGCUUGCGAAAGUGGUUUGUGCUUCGUGGCGUUUUUGGAUUUUUCGGGGUGUUUGGGAUGUACUAUGCUUUGAUGUACCUUUCGGUUCCGGACGCUACAGUGAUUUCGUUUCUCGGCCCGUCGCUGACAGGUAUUAUGGCCUGGAUGAUAUUGCACGAGCGAUACUCAAAAAUUGAGGCCUCGGGUGCUUUUGUUUCGCUGUUCGGCGUUGUAAUGAUCGUACGGCCAGCUUUUCUGUUUGGAAGCCCCGACAAUCGGCCUGCCAAUGACGCCGUUGAGUCGAACAGUCCACGGGACCGCCUAGUUGCCUCGCUGAUCGCUCUGCUGGGUGUCUUUGGCGCAUCUAACGUCUAUAUCAUCAUCCGCCACAUAGGUAACAGGGCCCAUGCGAUCAUGACAGUUUCUUACUUUGCGCUCAUUGUAUCUGUCAUAUCCGUGGUAGGAAUCUGCACGAUCCCAUCUAUAGGCUUCCAGACUCCACAAACCAGCCGCCAGUGGCUCUUGUUUUCCAUCAUUGGAUUUUCGGGCUUUUUCAUGCAACUCCUCUUGACUAUGGGGAUUCAGCGAGAGCGUGCAGGUCGAGGCGCUUUCAUGUCAUACUCGCAGAUCCUUUACGCUUUGCUGUGGGAUCUCUUAAUUUGGAACCACCUACCCGGAUUGUGGUCUUGGUGCGGAAUAGUCAUCAUAAUCGGCUCUGCGAUUUGCGUGCUCAAGUACAAGCCGAAGGCCGAAGCACCAGUUUUGACCGACCAAGAGGCCAACCGCGCCAUUCAACUGCAGGAUCUUGAAGUCGACGAAGCACAUCAGCAAACCAAGGGGUAA